AUUUCAGGUUCCUCUCCGAACAAACCAGACAUCAAACGAAAGGUUGUUUGUUUCAGGCGACGCGCGUGGAAGGGGCAUCUACACGUAUCUGUGGCCUCGACGACCACCGUGCGUCCCCUACGGCGUCAUCACGCAGCGAGCGUGUCCCACGUGCAGAUGUUUACGUCCUCCUCUGCGUGACGUCAGCGCCCAGCGAGUCGUCGUCGGAUGAGAAACAUCGGCGAUGUUCGAGAUGCGGAUCAGCGCGCAAAACGCCUCGCGGGGGACGCGACGAACGCGUGUGUGAACGCGCAGCGAUGCGCGCGCGCGUCGGGACACAGAAGCAGACGGGAAAUCGGUGUUAUUAACGGUGUUCGCGCGCGUCCGUUAGCCUGGCCUUUCUUCCGCUGAGCAGUCUCCGGAUCCAUGAUGGAGGACGCGCUGGAGUGCGGCUGGGUGUCGGUGCGUCCCAACGCCUUCGAGGAGAAAGACAAGCACAAGUUCGUCUUCAUCGUCGCCUGGAACGAGAUCGAGGGCAAACUCGCCGUCACGUGCCACGACCGGACCGCGCAGCGACGCGGCGGGAGCGCGGAGCCGGAGCUCGGUGACGCGCCGCCGGACUCCAGCUGGGCAGGCCUGUUCUCGUUCCAGGAGCUGCGCGCCGCUCACCUGCAGCUGUGCGCCGUCAACUCGGACCUGGAGCCGUGCCUGCCCGCUUUCCCCGAGGAGCAGACGGUGUGGUCGGUGCUGUUCGGCGCCCCCGAGCUGAGCGCGCGCCACGCGGACGCGCUCUGCUUCCAGCUGCAGGUGUACCUGGGGCACGCGCUCGACACCUGCGGCUGGAGGAUCCUGUCCCAGGUGCUGUUCCCCGACAGCGACGACUCCGAGGAGUACUACGAGAGUCUGAGCGAACUCCGGCAGAAGGGUUACGAGGACGCGCUUCAGAGAGCCAAGACGCACCUGCAACAGCUCCUGGAGAAGCAGCGUGGCGUGGAGCGGAUGGUGGAGCUGCUGCAGCUGUACUCGGAGCAGGACGAGGCGUAUGGAGAUCUGGUGGAGGCCACGACUGAGCUCUAUCACUAUCUUCUGCAGCCCUUCAGAGACAUGCGUGAGCUGGCCAUGCUGCGCAGACAGCAGAUCAAGAUCUCUCUGGAGACGGAGCACCUGGGUCCGAGGCGGGUGGAUUCUCUGCGCAGGGAGGAUGAGGACUGGCAGAGGAAGGCUCACACCGCUGUACUGUCCAUUCAGGACCUGACCGUCAAAUACUUCGAGACCACGGCUCGCGCUCAGAAAGUGAUGUACGAGCGUAUGCGCUCCGACCAGAGGAAGUUCGGGAAAGCUGCGUGGGGGGCAGCAGUGGAGCGCAUGGAGAAACUCCAGUAUGACGUUUCUAAAGAAACACUGCAGCUGAUGCGUGCCAAAGAGAUCUGCCUGGAACAGAGGAAACACGGACUGAGAGAGGAGAUGCAGGGUCUGCAGGGCGGUGAGGAUGCUAUGGUGCGUCUGGAUCAGCUGGAGGCCAUGUACUACGAGCUCCAGCUGCAGCUCUAUGAGAUCCAGUUUGAGAUCCUGAAGUACGAGGAGCUGCUGCUGACUGCACAGCUGCAGAGUCUGCGCAGACAGAUGAGCGAGAGGCAGGAGGAGGUGGUUUACUACGACACCUACGAGAGUCCUGACGCCAUGAAGGCCACCGAUGACCCCUCGACCCCUCUGACCCCUCCCAGAGACGACGUGGCCAAACUCCAGCAGAGGACCAGACAGCUGGAGGCCCGACGGGGACGCAUCACCGCCAAGAAAGCCUACCUCAAACACAAGAAGGAAAUCUGCAUCAUCAACCACACACAGAAGCUGCAGCAGCGGCAGGGCGGUCCGGACGGCGUUUCCCAGCAGGCUUUGCUGCAGGAUGAAGAGGAGGAAGAGGAGCAGCGGCUGUCCAGAGUCAGUCAGGAGAGACAGAGGACACUGGACCGGCUGCGCAGCUUCAGACAGCGCUACCCGGGUCAGGUGACUCUGAAGUCGACUCGUCUGCGUCUGGCGUACUCCAGGAAGAAAGCGACGCAGACGCAAGCGGCCAGCGUGCAGACGGACGACGCUCCGGCUCCGGCUGCGCUCGAACCCUCGGCGGGAGUCCCGGAGCUGCGCCGGCCCGAGAGCUUCCUGUCGCUGCCUCCGAUGGGCGGGGCCGUGGCCGAAGCCCCACCCCCCGACGCACCAGCAUCGCUUCCUCCGGCCAGAGAGCUGCUGCUGCUGGACUCGUCCACCUCGCCCAUCGCUCCCCCUCUUCCUCCUCCUCCUCCUCCCCCCCCUCCUCCUCCUCCUCCUCCUCCUCUCUCUCUGGAGGAGACGCCGGCCGAGUCCAGCCCUGCCCACUCUCCCCUCGGACCCUUCACUGCACGCUUCUUCGACAGCAGCCAGCUGCUCAACGCCCGCAAGAAGCUGAGGAAGACGGCCUCGCUCGAGUCCAACCAGUGGAGGAGAGCGAGCUCGCCGAUGGACGAGGUUCUGGCCAGUCUGAAGCGCGGGAGCUUCCACCUGAGGAAGGCCGAGCUGCGGGUCCUGGCUCCCGAUCCGGACGAGGACGACGGGAACAACAUCCUGGCUCAGAUCCGCAAAGGAGUGCAGCUGCGCAAGGUCCGCAGACAGGAGCGCAGCUGCAGAGGAGCGCCUGCGACUGACCCGCUGACCCGCAGCAUCCACGAGGCCCUGCGCCGCAUCAAAGAGGCCUCGCCCGAGUCCGAGUCCGAGGACGAGACGCCCGCCGGAGCCGACUGGGAGAGCUGAGGCGGGUUACCUCACAGCUGACCACUUACUUCAUUCUGUUCUCUUUGUCUUUACGUAUGAAGCAGAGGAGAUGCGAGAUGUGUUCUCCUGAUCGCCAUCUGAUCCAUCGACCAAACCAGCCAGCUCUGAAAUGAAUCACCAACGACGUCAAAAAAACAUUCCUAUUAAAUGGAAAAAAAACGCUCAAAUAAAAUAUAAAUGUGUUUCUGGAGCACAGAAGCAUUCAUCAGCAGCACAGGGAUAUUUACAGCAAUAGACAACAAAAUGAUCACUUUCUCUUUUAUGACAGAAAUCAUUAGGAUAUUAAGUAAAGGUCAUGUUCCAUAUAGACAUUUUGUAAAUUGUGAAACUUCAUUUUUUGAUUAGAAAGAACUUCUAACUGAAAUCGGCGAUUUUCUCAAUAUCUAGGUUUUUUUAUGCACCCUCAGAUUCCAGAUUUUAAAAUAUCGUCCAAUUUAACAAACCGCACAUCGAUAGAAAGCUUAUUCAUUCGGCUUUCAGAUGAUGCGUGAACCUCGAUUUUUAAAUUGACCCUGGCUUUGUGCUCCAGGAUCACAGAUAUCACAUAAAAAAGCAAAUGAAAAGUAAAUGAAAAUAAUACAUGUUUAAGGCACUAUUAUUAAGCAGAGACAAAUAGGUUUAAUCUAAUUAAACUUAUAUAGUUAUAUAUUAAAAGAACAAAAUGUAGUAAAGAGGAUAAAAGCAAAAUAGCUAAAAUUUUAACUAAAAAUACUAAAUAAUAAAGUGGAAAUAUAAAAAUGAAAAAAUACAUAUAUACACACACUAGGGAUAUAACGAUAUUAUCAAUAUCUUGAUUCAAAAUAACUCUUCAAGAGUAGAAAUUAGGAAAGAAAUGUAAAGCAAAAAUAAUAUAAAAAUAUCUCAAAAAACAAGGUAUCGUAGACUUUAUGCCAUGAUAUUAUUGUAUCGUUACAUCCCUAGCACACACACACAAAUAUAUAUAAUCUAAGAUAAUUUUUUCUGACAUUCUAAUUAAAUUACAAAAGUAUUAUUUCUGAAUGUUUAUCCAGGUUUAUUAUUUUAUGUUCUAAAACAAUUCUCAGUUGUACAAACAUUAAAACGCUCCGUUUUAUCAUUUUGCGAACAUUACACGAAGUUUAUGUUUUAACGUUCUCCGAAACCGUAACCUUUAAGAGGAACGUUCCUCGUUUGUAAAGAGCGUGCUUCGCUGAAAUCCACGCCAGCGCUCAGAUAUCUAAAAACUUUUUUUGGACGUGAAAAAGUUCUUAGCGUCACGUCAGGGUCUGAGAAGACGCGCGCACUUUUUAUCGUCGGAGUAUUGCAGGUUUUUGAAAAUGUAAGCUGUUCUUGCAGUUCGUCGUUUUAAAUUUAGAUGAUUGGUGAUAUUUUAUGUUAAUGGCAUAAACGAUAAUUUAUGAUAAUUAGUAGUUGUUUACAAGCCAGACAGCUGAAACCGUUCAUUUGCGUGCAAUUUGACGAUUAUUUGCGAUUCACAGAUUUCACGCAGCUUCUGUUAGUACGUUCACUCCACGAAUCAAAUGUACGCCUAGAUGAUCGAAUUUACGAUUGGUUUCUGUGCAACAUUUUAACGAGGCCUCCGAAACAGAAACUCAAUAACAUUACUAGAAGAACGUUUGCUCGUAACGUCACCACGACGUUAGAAUAACGUUAAAAUAGCACCGAAUGGCUUCGGCACUCGUCCCAUGAUGCAUUAGCGGAGACAAUCACUGAAAACGGUCGUUUGGUGUUUGGACAGAAGCAGGUUUCAGGAGAACUCCAGAGCGUUUCUCCAGGUUUGAUCGUUUGUUUUAUUGUGUUUGUGACUCACUGGACCAUCCACAGGCCUGCAGUCUCGGAUCCGACCGCCGCCGUUACCCACGAUGCCGCGCGGCGCGUCUGUAGCGAUGCAGUGGACUCCCACGUUUUCAUCACAUGUACUGUAUUUAGCUUUUGAUAUUAUUUGUUUGAAUCAUAUUCAUUGUUCUGUACGUUCUAUGCAUAUGUAUGUGGUCAAUCAAACUCGAUUCCGUCGAAAAACACUACAGUCGCGAGCGAGACUCACUCCACACGUGCAAUAUUAUAUUAGAAACUGAAAACAGACCUUCUGAUGUAUAAUAAAGCGCAGAUCCAUCGCAUGUUUGCCUACAGGACACCUGUAUUUAUUGAGUUCAACUAAAUAUUUAAAUAUGUAAAGCAAUAUCAUGAAAUGUAAAAUGAUUUUUUUGAAUCUCCAGUUUGCUUUUACUCUGCUUUUCCAAACAUUGUACUCCUAAUAGUUAUUUUGAAUUUGCAUUUUGCCCCUUACUUAAAUAAAGUUUCAAAAGAAACCCUU